AUGAACGGCGCAAACGGUGCAAACGGGGCCCAGGCCCAGGCCCAGGACGACAAGUCAUACCUGGCCAUGGUUGGUAACGCCGACGCCGAAGUGGAGCGUCUCCAAAUCCAGCACCGCUGGAUCCAAAUGUGCCUCAACAACAAAAUCGCAUUCGCCCCCGUCGACCUCAAGAAAGACGGGCUAAAGGUCCUCGACAUGGGUUGCGCCGAUGGGACGCUCCUCAGGGACCUGCAGAAACAAGUCCCACCCUCCGCCGAAUUGGUUGGCGCAGACGUGUCGACCGUUUUCAUGCCCACGUCAGCUCAGGGCAACAUUCGCUACGUAACCCAGGACGUCUGCGAUCCACCCGCCGACGACCUCAAGGGCAAGUUCGACAUGACCCAUGUCCGCAACGUACUUCACAGCACGAGCAAAUCCGGCGUUGAGAAGGCCGUGGCAAAUCUUGCGGAAACGCUGGCGCCUGGCGGAUGGCUGCAGGCUAUGGAAUUGGACGUGUCUUCCGACCAGCCAGACCAGCCCCAGGCUCUGAAGGAUGUCAUCCACAUUAUCGGAACGAUGAUGGAGAAGGUGGGCAUGGAUCGGGGGUACCAGAAGAAAUUGCCCGAGGCAUUCAAAAAGGCGGGGUUGCAGAACGUCAAAUUGGAGCGGAUCAACUGCGGCGUCGGCAGAGUACAUGCCAACGACGAGGACAUGAAAAUGUCCAUUGAGCCAUUUAAACGCACAAUCGCCCUUGUUUCAAGACAGGCGAAAGUGAUGUGCCCCGAGAUGCCGGCUUCGGUGUUUGAGAACCUCGAAGAGAGAUACAUCAAAGACAUGACAGAGAGGGGCGGAAAUUUCCCCGGCGUUAUUGUAUAUGGCCAGAAGGCGGCUGCGUAG